UCGAUAAGUUGGUGCAUUGGUGAAACGUUGACCGCAUGUAAAACAAGAAAUCUUUUUUAUCAUGGACUUAGAAACGACAUGGUUAAAGCUUAAGGCAUCCAUGGAACGUUUUCUYAACGUGUUGGCUCGUAUACCGUUCUUUUAUUUGUUAGAAAUCGUAUAUAAUUUUACAACUAAAGCCGACAACUCAUCAUGUCUAGGAGCAAUAGGAUAUGCUGUUGGUCUUAUUGGUUUGUUUACAGAGCUAGAUUUACUGCUCUCAUUCUAUGGAUGGUUCUUUCAAGUACUUAUAAACUACAUAAUGUUCAGCCUCGCUAUUGAAGUCAAACGUACAAACAGUGAUGAUAAUCAUGGAGUCUUAGCUGCUGAACCUCAUUCCUUCUUUAAAUUCUUUGUCAGUGACAACCAUUUCUAUGGUCAAAUCAUAGCUGCAACAGGGCUCUCCAUGGCAACACAACAGGAGUGGAUGAAACUGAAGCCAUUAUGGAUUAUUGUCCUGACGUUGAUCAUACCUUUUGGUUUUGACUUGAGUUUUAGGCCUUUUAAAUGCAUGUCUGUGGUUAUGCCUUAUAUGUGUUACAUAUUUCUGUUAAUAUAUAUGGGCUAUUUGAUAUGCAAAGGCCUUCAACUUGGUGUAAAAUUCCUAAAGUGYACUAAAGAAUCCAGUGAUAAUCUAUGGAGAAUGGUAGAUGGUUAUGGCUGGACCCCUGUGAUUCGUCAUCACUGGACUAGAAUGGAGCUCUCAAGAGUCAUAAUGUUUCUUUGGUGGAUCAAAUUUGGAUUAAAAGUUGCCCAGCAAAAGAAAAUUAAUUGGUUUUGGACUUUUGCAAGUUUUGGAGAUUCGUGUGCURCACUACCAAACUUAUUUGCUGCUAGUUUGGUUGUCUCUGAAAUAUCUUUCAGCAUCUUGUUCYUUACCCAAAACUGCUUGAAGAGAAAUCAUGUUGACAUGUAUGAAGCUUAUCAUUAUCCUGGCUUCAACGAAGGCCUUGCAUUCUUUCUUCUAAAUCUGCAGAUUGGAAUCACAGAAGUAGGGAGUGAAGAGCGCUCUCUGAUAAUCAGCYUAGUUUUAUUUGUGACACUUUCUCUUCUUGUACAAGAUGCUUAUGAGAUAACCGAACCAGUACUUGCAGUUCUUGGAGCCACAUACACRGGAAAACUAAAUUCUAAGCAUAUAAGAGGGCUUAUUGUAUCAAUGUGUCUGCUAUUGAUCCCAGCCUUCAUGGUCUAUAAAAUAUGCUCCACAUUCUCAGCAGGAACUUGGCUGUUUGUGAUAAUAUCCAACAGUGUGGUAACAAUGGUCCAGUUGCUUGGUGCAUUAAGUAUAUAUUUCCUAUUCCUGGCAAAUGURCAUUUUCAUUAUGGCUGGGAGGAUUUGGAUGAUUGUGUUUACUAUGUCAAUGCAGUGUCUAAGGUUUUUGAGUUUUUAGUUGCUGUGGUAGUGGUUUUCUACAGUGCCUGGUCUGCAUUAUCUGGCAACUGGAGUAUAGUGGGUACUGGCAUAAUAUGCAUGCAUGCAUACUUCAAUGUCUACAGUCGUGCUGUUGAAGGCUGGAAAAACUUUUUGCUGAGAAGAAGUGCCGUCCACAGGCUUAACUCAUUGAAAUCCGCCACAGAUGAAGAGCUAGRGGAUUACAAUGACAUCUGCUCAAUAUGCUUUGACCAAAUGCAGUCAGCUAAAGUGACAAAAUGCCACCAUUUCUUCCAUGGAAUGUGCCUCAGGAAGUGGCUUUAUGUGCAAGAUAAAUGCCCAAUGUGUCACACAGAUAUUUUGCCAGAGGACUGACUACUACCUGUAUUGCAACGCAUGGCUGCUAUAGGGUGACAGUGGGCUUCUUGCUGUCCUCAGGGUCAAAAUGAUCAUGCAAAAAUAAAGAACUAUUUCUUAUUACUGUUACAGUGCUUCUCAGUUACA